AUGGCGUCCAUUAGACCUCCAUUUACUUUCGAGACCGCAACACAGAAAGUCAAAGCCGCACAAGAUCUGUGGAAUACAAAGGAACCCCGAAAGGUUAUCAAUGCAUACACGGCUGAUUGUAUCUGGCGAAAUCGCACAUCUUUUAUGCAAGGAUCGGACGCAAUUCUGAUUUUCCUCACGAAAAAGUGGGAGAAAGAGAAGUCUUAUCGUCUACGAAAAGAGCUGUUUUCAUUCACGGAAAAUCGAAUCGCUGUACAGUUUUGGUACGAAUACCAGGAUUCGGAGGAUGAUUCCAAAUGGAAACGGUGCUAUGGCUUGGAGGACUGGACUUUUCGUGGCGAUGGAAAGAUGUGCAAGCGAAUGAUGUCGGGUAAUGACCUACUGCUGGGUCAGAAUGGAGAUGGAAGUUCACGAUGGUUUUUAGACGGAAUUGAUGUUAACGAGGUGGAGAUCAGUGACGAACAUUGGUGA